AUGACCCCAGAAACAGACUCCAGCAACCCAAAGGCACCCGAAUUGGCCGACCGACCAUCGUCCAUGGCCGCAGCAGCGUUUCUAGGAAUUGCAUGGUUCAUCUGCAUAGAGCUUAACAUCCGCCUGCUCUAUAGGGCAACACGUCGCAGCCUUUACUUCUGGAGCUGCUUGCUCUGCAGUUGGGGGCUGGUAGUCCACGGCAUCUCCAUCAUCUUGGCCAACUUCAACAAGUGGACCUCUUACUCGGCCAUCGUCUUCAUCUAUCUCUCAUGGCUCGUCUUCAUCGUCGCUCAGUCUUUUGUUCUCUACUCACGCCUCGGCCUCGUGUGGAGAAACACGAAGAAAGAUCGCUACAUUCUCUACAUGAUCACUACUAACUCGGUCAUCUUUGGCCUUACUACACGCCACCCACGCUUCAGCGCACGACUCGCGAAGGCCAACCUUAUCUGGGACAAAGUACAAGUCGCCGCUUUCUUCACCCAAGAAUCCGUCAUCGGAUUUCUAUAUAUCUGGCAAACAUCGAAGUACUUCCAGAGCCUCGAGCUCCUCGGCAAUAGUCGUCGCACCACUCGAGACAAUCUCUGCAACCUGAUCGCUGUCAACGUCCUCAUAAUCAUGCUCGAUGCCAGCGUCCUGGGCUUGGCCUAUAGCGGUCGCUUCUUCAUGCAGGGCUUCUAUAAGGUCGCUGUAUACGCUGUUAAGCUGCGGACGGAGUUCACCAUCUUGAAUCAGCUGAGGCAGGCGCUUGCGGGUGGAUCGACAGGUGCGUCGGGAUUUGCUGUGCAGACCGACCAGAGACCUAUCGUGAUGGCUCCUCUGAAGUCAAACGACGUGGUGGAGACGGUUGAAUAA